AUGGCGAACACGUGCGCACCGCUUGACUCCAUCAGAUCACACAGAACUCUGCCGGGGCUUCACUUCAUUGUCAAUCUGGUUUGGCUAACAAGAUUCGCGUGGACAACCGGGUUGAUAAAAACCCAGCGUCAGAGUAUCACCGACUUGCUAUUGCACUUGAAAGUUAAAACCACCAGUUACAAGUUUCUAUUAAGUAAAGCAAAAAAAAGAGGCGACUCAUUGACGAACGUGCGGAGAACCAGUGAUCGAGUUUCACGAUAUUUUAUCCCCGUAUUCCUACGUACCGUGUUCGUUUACUGCAUGGUGCUGCUACUGCUAGUAUCAUUUAGCUUCUCCGUUCCAUGCUCUACUGUUGUCAAAAGAGUGGGAGUGAAUGAGCGAGAGGGAGAAAGAGACGAACACGGCGUGAGCAAGAGCACGGUGGGUUACCACACCCAACCGCGCCGGGAGCCGAGUAAACGUGAAGCCGAUGUGAGUGAACGAAUGAAAUGGACGAGUAAAACAAUGAUUGGCUCUCUCGUGCACGCGGGUGAUUGAUGUGUCAUCGUGGUGGUACAU